CUGAAGUUUUGCCUUCUGAUUCUGAACCAGUCUUUUGACAAAGAACAUUUUCAUUGUCUGUGGAGCAAAGCUGCACUGAGAGCUUGUGCUGAUGGAGGUGCCAAUCGUCUCUAUCGCAUCACAGAAGGAAGCCAGGACAGCUUCUUGCCUGAUUACAUCAGUGGUGAUUUUGAUUCCAUUCAGCCUGAAGUCAAGGAGUACUACAAGGUCAAGGGAUGUGAGUUAAUUGAGACCAUGGAUCAGGACCUCACAGAUUUCACCAAGUGCCUUCAGAUACUCCAGAAAAAGAUAGAGAAGAAGGGCCUCCAGAUUGAUGUGAUUGUGGCUUUGGGCGGACUUGGAGGACGCUUUGACCAAACAAUGGCAUCAGUGGAAACGCUUUUUCAUGCAACAAACAUCACUCCUUUUCCAGUAAUAGUGAUCCAGGAGUGCUCGCUGAUUUACCUGCUUCAACCUGGCAAGCACAAGCUGUGUGUGGACACGGGACUGGAAGGCGACUGGUGUGGCCUCAUCCCCAUCGGGAACUCCUGCGAGAGCGUGACCACGACUGGCCUCAAGUGGAACCUCACUGUCAAUAGCUGUCACAUUACUUCGCAUCAUAUGCACCAAGAAAAGCAACUUUUUCCAUCAACUAACCAGGUGCUGAAGUUUGGAACGCUCGUCAGUACUUCCAAUACCUAUGACGACUCCAGGAUUGUGACCAUUGAGACGGACAAGCCUUUGCUGUGGACAAUGGCUAUCAAAAGAUAAGAUGAGCUACAGCUGCCUUUUCUGAUCUGACGGAACUCAAAUUACUGCAAAAUUUCACUGAAUUAAGACAGUAAAGCUGUUCCGAAAGAUGUAAGCAGGCACUGAUUUUAUGUACUGAAUGGAAAACAAGUCUGAAAUAAAAGUCAGUUGAGAUCAAAUCAAGAUUAGUAGCAAUAAUCGAGUACUUCAUUCUGGUACCUCACACUACUUAAUCAGAGGACACAUGAGCUGCCACCCAAUGCAAUCACAAACAGAAGUGAACGUAAAGAAACUGCUACUGCGUAUCUGGUUAGUUCAGACUAUUCUUACGGAGUGUUUUAUUCCAAUACUGAACUAUUUUUUCCCCUUUUGCCAAAAGGAAAUACAGUAGACACUUGCACAUAGUGUAACUAUAUUAAAAGGUGGUAACGCUAAGAGUAGUUAACCUCAUUUUUCUGUCCUGGUUUGUAACAUAUGUAGGUGCUGGUGAAGAUUUCUCGAGAGGAGGAAUAAUUGAACUUUUCUGCUUAGGAAGCAAGUUUGUGUACUGAAGAAGCUUCAGUUUUGCCGUAAUACCAAUAUCAGAUUUCCCAGUAUUAAGUGCUUUUAAAGUCUGUAAUAGAAGUAGCAUUGUAACUUCUGCAAAUAGCAAAUGCUUACAAUAAGCUUUUUUGAAUGAAAUACAAAUUUCUUCAUCUCAACUGAAGAGGAAGAGCAUUGCAUCUACCAGAGUUUUUACAGGCUUAGUUUUUAAAAUCAAAAUAUCCAAUCAUUUAAUAAUGCAAACUUCCAGGUCAGCAAACGCAGAGCCCUUUAUAAUUCUAUGUGCAGUUGCCUUACAGAACCAGUAUCCAAAAUGGGUGUUAUGUCCUACCCAACAGUGCGAGCAAGUUGUUGAUUCGCUGAAGGACUGCUUAGUAUCUCCGACAACUAAAUUAACCACAAACUGUACAUCUUAGUAACCAGCUUAGUUUGGCUUUCUUAAUUGUGCCAUCAGAACAAGGAUUGGCAAUGCAAGUUCUUUAUUUGAUGGAGUUUUUUUUCCAGUCAAGUACAUAAUAUAACCUAACAGGACUUCCAAACGCAGAAAGGAAUUAAGGGUAAUAAUGGCGAUUCCAGAAAUUGGCGACAAGAAUUUCAGUUGAUAGACCUUUAAAUCACCACUUGAGAGGAUACAGCAAUGCUGUUUUCUUGCUGCAUACUUUUGCUGGAACAAUGCUGUUUACUAAGCAUUGGGAGAGCAUUGGGAGAGCUUCUGAAGAGAGGCUGUACAGUUGUCACCCUGCAAAGUUUUCACACCCGGCUGGACAAAGCCCUAAGCGACCUCGUCAGAAGGCAACACUGACCCAGGUUGAGCAUCCUUCCUACCUGAAUGAUUCUAUUAUGGUUGAAAGAAGUAACAAAACAAAUAAACAAACCACUCUACUACUACUUAAAAAAAAAAAAGCCUAUAAUGUAUACAGGUAUGAUCACAUAAACUAUAAAAGAGGGCUAAGAUGACAGGAAUGUUUGAAAACCCAAACUGAGCUUGUUUAAUAGCAAGCAAGUUA